AUGACUUGCAAGCACAGGAUCGCGCGUACAGAAUUGGGCAGACUCGCGACGUCGAAGUAUUUCGUCUCGUUAGCCAGGGGACGUUGGAAGAAAUCGUGUACGCAAAAUCUACAAACAGCAGCAAACCAGCAUCGGAUCCACCGCGACAACCUCUUCGCCAACCAGAAUGAAAAUCAAGUGCUUCGAGACAUUGUAAACAAGACAAACGUCGCAGAGUCCAAGGCCGGCGUCUGUGUCACGAGUCUUGAACUCGAGGAGCACGAUUCGGACUCGUCUGAUGGCGAGGUCAAAGAUGAAGACCGCCUCAUCAAGACCGAGGAGAAGGAAAACGCAGCCAAGUACAAGCUUAUGCACCAUAUCCGAUCAUGCAAGGAUCUAAAGCACUUGAUUUACUAUCGCUUCAACUCUGGCCCUGUUGGUAAAGGUCUCGGAUGUGGUUUCUGGGCACCUUCGUGGCGCGUCUGGCUUCUUUUUCUGAGAGGUCGACACAGCAAAGGCAUUGCUAAGACGGUUACCAAGCAACAUGUUGAGUCACAUUUCGAUCUUGAGUUGCGUGCUUCAGUCAUGGCUGAUCUGAUCGAUACGACGCCCGAAGGUAUCAGACAGUUCUUCAACAUCUCUUAG